AAGGAGAUGACAUAUUUUGUGACAGAAGUGUCAUUAAUUAAAGAAUAAAACAGUCAAAAUUACAAAGUAAUUACAAAGUUCAGUCAGAAUGGAAGUGGCAAACAAAUUGGACGAAGAUUUUUUGUUUUAUCUAGGCUUCACGAAUACUUUCUUGCGACGCCUAGCGGGAGAUGUGUUCCAUAAAUCGAAACUCUGGCUCUAUAAACUUUGCACGGAACCAUGCGAGACUAUCGAAAAGAAACGUAACCGCAAUAUGUACCUCGCUAACCUUCUAAUCAACAUGCAAAACAGCAAGUUGGAGGAACCUUUCACUCAAUCUCCAACUCACGUGGAUAUUUCCAACGCCAUGGAAAUUUUCGGUCCAAUUCCGCAUACUAUCGAGCCACCAGCGUGGCUCAACGACACAGAGUAUAGUUUAGAAGGAGAAAGGCGGGGGGAGGAAAAAAAAGGAAGAACGUAUUUCGCUACAAGGACUUUACCAAACGGACAAGGUGCAUUUGCAUACAUAGGAAUUUCGGCGGGCGGUGCAGAUUGGACAACUCAGGUAGGAGCCGGAGAUGUAUCAUUGGAGAGACGAGGUGCUUUGGAGCGACGUCUGGAACAGAAGUUUGAGGAACUUGUUCCAGCUCAGUACGAAAUGGAGAAGAUUCUAGCCAAGCGUCACGACCCUAGAGAACGCGAAAAAGUGUUGACGUUUUAUGACGUUUUGCUUCAAAACGUGGCUGACGAAUUAGACGGGAAGGGACCGCUCGAAAAUGAGACAGUCGAAGGACUGCUAGAUCAGCUAAUAGACGAUCUGAAAAAUAAAGGGCAAUACGAAGAAUACAACGCGCUCGAUGAUUACGAUAAAAGAAUGGAGUUGCUCCAAAUAUUGUAUUCGCGAAUAAAAACUCGAAGAGAUAAGGUAGCCAAGAGGGAGGAGUAUCUAGAUGACAUCGAAGAAAAGGUGAUGCCCAAGUCAUUUUUUGAAACAUCGACGGAACCGGAAGACGAAUAUCUCCUGCCCUCAGCUAUGUGGCAGCAAGCUAUCAAUAAACUGCCCACUAAAAAACAAAUCGAAAGACUAAUGCAAGCCUAUCCAGUUCCUGUAAUUGAAAAGCUGAUUCAGUACUUGUCGCAGUUUAAAGAAGAAAUUGCUGAGAGAGUUCACAAAAGACACGAGAACAUUGCAACGCAAAUGAAGAAAGAGCUGCGCAAGGAAGGAAUCAGGAAAAAGAAGGAGGCGGAGAGGGCCGAACUCGCUUACCACGACACUACAGAAAUCCACAAUGAGGUGAAAGAACGAUACAAAAAGAAAACGGAUGCCGAAGAAGCGAACAGAGAGCUGGACGAGCCCCAAUUGACGGAUCAUUCUCGACUCUACGAGGAAAUGAAAGCUGUGGUGCUGGACACGCAGAAAUUGGUGGAGCAAGAAGCGGCUAAGGGCAAGUUUCUGGCAUCUCAAAUUAAUGCGGUCAGCCUACAGAGCGAAGAAUUCCACAUGGUAAACAACGACAUAAUUACCCAAACUGAAAAAGCCAAUAUGAAGAUACUGAGCAAUAUCAAGCGACUCAAUGCCGCUAUCAAACAACAUGAGAACAUGCUUGCAGAUUUUAGAGCCAUGGCUCAGCAAACUAAGAAGAAUACCGACUCCACGAUGAUGAUGUUGUUUUAAAUUUUCUAAAACAAAAAGAAGCAUUCCGUUUUUCCCAAAGUUUUAGGAAACACAGCUCUCUCGAGAACUCCCUUGCUGAGGAUGGAUCUGUUAAUUCUAUGACAACCUUGUGUAGAAAAGACGAAAUGUAUUUCUUAGAAAUUCAUUGAAAUAUGUCCAAUGGAGUUACUAUUUUCAUCCACUAAAUACAGAAUAUUGCUAACAUAAGAUAAAGGAACUACAGAAGAAUUAAAUUUAACAUAAAUCUCGCCCUCUUUCUAUCGUACAUAUUUCGGGACCCACUCGGAAAACUGUUAUAAAAGAUUACGUCUGGAUGCCCAGUAAUUGAUUUUCGGUAACUUCAUCCUUAUUAAUGUGUUCGGAAAGUGAUUAAUUAGAUUUUAUUGCCGUAAAAGGCCCAUGCUCAGCUAACAAAUUCCCCCGGGGCAAUGAUUUAUAAGAAAAAGCGGUAAAUUAAUUCCUUCCUUCCAUCGCCAAAUUAAAGAAAAUGAUAUAUCUGCAAUCGAAGCCUGUAUUAAAUUGCUGGGGUUCGAUUAGCCGGAUUGCACUCAACGAAUUUUUGUUUUAUUACUUUGAUUCCGGACAGAAUGUUCUAUGGAGUUCGGAAGUUUUCGACCUAAAGCAAACGAUAUCUAUAAAGCAUUGGAGCCGCUGCCUGGGCGCUAACUGACCUCUGAUAAGCAAAAAACUAUUCAAUGAGUGUUUCGUGAAGACUUUUAUGAAUGAUAUUAGCUAUAGUGCAAUAUGGAAAAUAUAAAGAAAUAUAUGAAAGUGUAACUGAAAACUUUGUUUCAAAG